GAGGAGGGACAAAUAAGAGAAGGAAUGUACACCAUAUGCAUAUCAAUCUCAGACUGACAGAGCGAGGAGAAAGACACUGAUGACAGUCACUAAGAAACACCAGGAUACAGGACUGACUACAUAAUUACAACAUCAAUGACAGCUAAUAAAUGCAAGUAGGCAAAAGCAGAAAGUUAAAUACUUAACGUUCUUUGAUCAACAACAGUGCGCGAUGGCGUUUCUACAGCAGUUUGCACUCCUUCUAGCAUUAUUAAUCGUUUUGAGUAGUUCAUGUGCUGGAGUAGGCCUUAAAUAUUCUUCAAAGUCAUCAGUCACUGAUAAUACUACUACCUCUACCAACGAUUCCACCGGUGGACAUGCAGCUUCGACAAUCACUACAUUACCUAUUGUCAUCUGGAAAUGGCAUCAUGUGGAAACGCCAUACCUGGUGGCCCUCUGGAUAUUGACCUGUUGGCUCUGUAAAUUGGUUUGUCAACUGAACCACAGUUUCACCUCUGUGAUCCCAGAGAGUGGUCUGCUCAUUAUGAUGGGCUUUAUUUUGGGAGGAAUCGUCUGGGGAGCAGACAAGGCACAGACUUUCAAACUGAUCCCCGUCAACUUCUUCUACUACUUGCUUCCCCAGAUCGUCUUAGAUGCAAGUUACUGCAUGCCAAACAAACUAUUCUUCAGCAACCUGGGAGCCAUUCUUGUCCAUGCUGUUAUCGGAACAUGCUGGAAUGCUGGCACAGUUGGCGUUGCACUGUGGGGCUGCUAUGAAGGGGGUGCAAUGGGGAACUUGAACAUCGGCCUUCUGCAGUUCCUGUUGUAUGGUGCACUGUUGUCUGCCGUGGACCCUGUGGCAGUGAUUGCUGUGUUUGAGGAAGUGCAUGUGAAUGAAGUGCUUUACAUCCUGGUGUUCGGAGAAUCACUGCUCAACGAUGGUGUCACAGUGGUGCUCUAUAAUGUGUUUGAUGCAUUUGUGUCUCUGGGAGGCCCGAAGAUCAAUGCCGAAGAGAUUAUCAAAGGAAUAGUUUCGUUCUUUGUUGUGUCAUUUGGAGGCUCGUUUCUUGGUGUUGUGUUUGCCAUUCUGAUAUCAAUGCUGACCAGGAUCACUUAUAAAGUCCAGAUCAUCGAAGCCGGCUUCAUCAUUGUGCUUGGCUACCUGUCUUACCUGACAGCUGAGAUGCUCUCACUAUCUGCAAUACUUUCGAUCACGUUCUGCGGUGUUUGCUGUCAGAAAUACAUUAGCGCCAACAUGGAUGAGAAAUCUGUCUUAACGUUACGUUACGUUCUAAAGGUGAUGGCCAACGGCUCAGAGACCAUGAUCUUCGUCUUCCUGGGAGUUUCAGCUAUUGACGUAGACAUCUGGGUUUGGAACACUGGCUUCAUCCUCCUCACAAUCCUCUUCAUUGUUGUAUUCAGGAUCAUGGGUGUUUUCUUCCUCAACUGGUUGUUGAAUCAGACUCGAUUAAUUCCUAUUGACCUGACAGACCAGUUGGUAAUGGGCUAUGGUGGCCUGCGAGGAGCAGUGGCAUACGGACUCGCGGCCUCUUUAGAUGAGAAAAAAAUACCAGAGAAGAAUCUGAUGCUUGGUACAACACUCAUUGUGGUGUAUUUCACUGUUAUUCUUCAGGGGAUCACCAUGAAACCACUGGUCCAGUGGUUAAAGGUUAAGAAAGCAACUCAUUCGGAUCUGACUCUAAAUGGAAAAAUGAACAACAGGGUUUUUGAACACAUACUGACAGCAAUGGAAGACAUCUGUGGCCGAAUGGGAGAUAACUGGUGGACCAGACAUUGGAAAUAUUUUGAAGACAAGUAUAUCUGCUGGCUUCUAAUGAAGAAAGAUGCCAGAGAGCAACAAGACCCAAUCUUUGGUGCCUUCCACAAACUAAAUCUGGAGGAUGCCAAACAAUAUGUAACUGAGGGUGAAAGCAAAGGUGCUCUUGCUUUCAUUCGUAAUUAUGACAAUGCCUCUGUAGACUUCAAGAAGAAGCUUGCUUUAGAUUAUGCAGACAUCAUGGGUGACAUGUCAGAAUAUGAUUUUGGCAUUGACAAUGUUCCAGUGACCUCUGUCAUGAAGAACCCGAUUCCCUCUGUAUCCCUGGAUAUCCAUGAGCUAGACAGGAAGAGCAUGCAUGAUGACCUCAGUGCUCAUCAUGUACUGGAUCAUCACCUGUACAAGAGCAGAAGAGAUAACCAUGCCACUUACAGCCGCAGUAACUAUAAAACCUCAGAGAAUCCAGAUGAAAUGCAGGAGAUCUUCCAAAGAACCAUGAGAAGCCGCCUUGAGUCCUUUAAAUCAGCUAAGAUGGGUGUCCACCCUGCCCAAAAACUCUCCAAACGUCCCAAGAAGGAUUCAACACAUAAGCCUAAUGGAAAGCCAGCAGACCCACACAGAACCCAUCCAUUUGGAGAUGAAGAUUUUGAGUUUACUGCAGACAGCACCUCUAGCAGUGAAAUUGCUGGUCACUUCCCCAUGAGAAACACAAACGCGCCUGAUGCUGGUGUUGAUAAUCCAGCGUUCAUUCCUGAGAUGGACAUGCCUCCACCCAUGCUGAACCCACCCUGGCAAACAGAGCCAGUGAACAACACGGCUGUGGCACCUUCCCAGAGAGCUCAGGGUCGACUGCCCUGGACGCCCACCAACCUGAGACGUUUAGCACCGCUGAGAUUGAGCACCCGCUCCACAGACUCCUUCGCGAUGGCUGAUGCCUCAGUUGACGACGAGGCACCUGAGGAAAAGCCUGGAACAAAUCAUACUAGAUUGUAAUCUGAUAUUGUUCCAGCAUUAAUUUGCCAAACAAGCAAUUAAGUUAAUGCUCUAAAACUCCACAGAUCAAGGAAU